CAACAAGCAGUUCGCGUGUGACGGCAUUAGAUAAGCUGAGCACAGCUCAGCACAGGUGCUAUAAAAGGGGUGUGAAUCCACCGAAGACUAAAGAGUUAUUCUUUUUUUUUCUUUUUGGCAAAUAUAAAAUGAGGUUUGUUAAUCCAUUGCUGAUGCUGCUCUUGGCUAUUCUCAACGACUGUGGCUGCAAGCGUAUGUGGGAGCACGAACUCUUAGAGGCCCAUGUAUACAGCUCAGAUGAGAGCAAAGUCAAACUGAAUCUAUAUGUGAACCGAGUGGGUCGCGAUCUUGUUGGAUUCUCGGGCACCGUGGAUUGGAAUUUCGAUGCGGACAAUGAAGCGAUGUUUGAAUUAGGGUUCUAUCGCAGUGCCAACGGCAACGACUAUCGUCCCAUGCCAUUUUCGAUUUCAAAUAAAUACUUUAAGGACUACAAGACCUUAUACGACGAUAUCAUUUAUAUCAACUUGAAAGAUUGCUCAAAUUUGCCCCAAAUCGAAGGCGACUAUUUGAUACCAUGGCCCAGGAAUUUGUACACGUUUAACAAUUGUAAUUUCCACAAAGGUGUUCUACCGGAAGUAGUAGCUGAAGGCACGUAUAAGACUGUGUUUGCAUUUUUCGGCGAGGUAAACUGGAAUGUGACUUUUAUUUUUUAUGUAAGACCAAAGCUUCUCUGAGCCAAGUCCUUAGAAAA